GUAACACUGUGAAGACCUGGGCCCUCCGUGCAGCAGGCUGGCUGGCAAUGUUUAUAGGCAUCAGCCUAAUGACCCGAAUCUUUUACACUUUAGUGGACUGGUUUCCUGUUGUGAGAGAUCUGGUUAACAUUGGAUUAAAAGCAUUUGCCUUCUGCGUAGCCAGUUCGCUGUCACUCCUGACUAUCUCCGUUGGCUGGCUCUUCUACCGCCCUCUCUGGGCUUUGUUGAUCGGGUUGCUCUCCGUAGUUCCAAUUGUGGUUGCAAAAUCUCGUGUUCCACCAAAGAAGCAGCAGUGAGAAGGAGGUGGUCAGGUUUUGCACUGAAUCCUGGUUAGAAACUUUUCAAGUGUAUUUCUGUCUGGGUUACUGCAGCAUGCUCACAGCGUAUCACAGUUCAGCAGUGUGCACCAA